UCCCGUUUUGUCCCCGCUAUUGGAGUUCAGGAGCUGGAGCUGACUUUGUUAUGCUGGGAGGGAUGUUUGCGGGCCACACGGAGUGUGCUGGGGAAGUGAUCGAGAGGAACGGGCAGAAGCUCAAACUCUUCUAUGGGAUGAGCUCAGAGACGGCGAUGGAGAAGCACGCAGGGGGAGUCGCCGAGUACAGAGCCUCUGAGGGCAAGACUGUGGAAGUGCCUUACAAAGGAGACGUGGAAAAUACUAUCCUGGAUAUUCUUGGGGGACUGAGGUCCACCUGCACCUAUGUGGGGGCCGCCAAACUCAAAGAGCUGAGCAAGAGGGCGACGUUCAUCAGGGUGACCCAGCAGCAUAACACAGUGUUCAGCUGACCUUGAGGGUGAGGUGACACGUGGCACCCAGAUGCUCCCCCACACACCCGCUUGCCUGUCUCCCUGUUACGCCAGUGUUUCUGGCUGCUCCUGGAGGGUGGACUGCUCCUCCUUCCCCCUCCUGCCACUCGGAGGCUUUGGGGCCCCCUAGUGCCUUCUGGGGACCUGGAAGCAGGGCACUGACGGGGUCAGUGGUCAGAGCCCAGCUGCCCAUGAUGCAUAACUUCAUUGUUAAAACUAACACUCCCACCUUCUUUUUUAAAAAGAACAUAGUUUCACUUUAAUAUAAUGCUAUUAUCUUAACAUUU